CUUUUUAAGCAGUGUUAUUUCAUUACUUUAUAAAAUAGAAAUUAAAAAAAUUAUCAAUAUUCAUAGCCAUAUAUAGCGGUAGACAUAUAACCACUGAAUUGCUGCUGCGUGCAAUGGCCGCCGUUUCAUGUGUGGCUAAGUUAGGGACAAUUGUUGUUGUACUUUUAAGCCUUGUAAUAAUGUCAUCAAGUAGCAGCAACAGCGAUAGAAGAACAUACAUCGUUCAGAUGAAACAUAAUGAGAAACCAGAUUCGUAUCUCACCCAUCACGACUGGUACUCUGCCUCUUUAGCCAGUAGUACUACCGGCGGGGAUUCAGAUUCAAUCCUGUAUUCCUACUCAGCCGCAUACAACGGUUUCUCUGCGUCUCUAGAUCCGGACCAGGUCGAAUCCCUCCGCCAAUCUGAUUCCGUUCUCGGCGUCUACCAAGACACCCUCUAUCACCUCCACACCACUCGCACCCCUCAGUUCCUUGGCAUCAUCGAUGGCCAACUGGGUCUCCAACGCCAACAACAACUCAAUGCCGCCUCCCAUGACGUCAUCAUCGGCGUCCUCGACACCGGUGUGUGGCCCGAGUCCAGAUCCUUUGAUGAUUCCGACAUGCCCCCCGUUCCCACGCGCUGGAAAGGCGAGUGUGAACAAGGUGAGGACUUCAAGGCCUCCGCGUGCAAUAAAAAGCUCAUUGGGGCGCGUAAGUUUGCUAAAGGCUUUCGUUUGGCUGCCGGUGUCAUCUCCAAAGAGAAAGAGUCCCCACGUGACCAAGAUGGCCACGGGACACACACUUCAACCACGGCCGCCGGUCGCCAGGUGGCGAAUGCAAGCUUAUUUGGUUUCGCUGCCGGAACGGCUCGUGGGAUGGCAGUACACGCGCGAGUGGCGACGUACAAGGUAUGCUGGAAGACGGGUUGUUUCGGGUCGGAUAUACUGGCGGGUAUGGAUCGUGCUAUAGCGGAUGGCGUGGACGUGCUGUCGAUGUCACUGGGCGGUGGGUCGGCGCCUUAUUACAGGGACACCAUUGCGAUAGGGGCCUUCAAAGCCAUGGAAAAAGGCGUGUUUGUGUCGUGUUCUGCUGGCAACAGUGGGCCCGCUAAGGCCUCCCUGGCCAACACCGCCCCGUGGAUAAUGACGGUCGGUGCGGGCACUCUGGAUCGUGAUUUCCCUGCCUAUGCGAUUUUAGGAAACGGGCGACGCCUCACGGGGGUGUCUUUGUAUAGUGGCAAGGGCAUGGGCGAUCAGCCGCUUCCAUUGGUCUACUUCUAUUCCUCUUCUUCCAACAAUAAUAAUUCUAAUUUGUGCUUGCCCGGUUCCCUCCAGCCUGAAGCGGUUCGUGGGAAGGUGGUGUAUUGUGACAGGGGUGUGAAUCCACGGGUAGAGAAAGGGCAGGUGGUUAAGGAUGCGGGUGGGAUAGGGAUGAUACUCGGCAACACCCCUGAGAAUGGCGAGGAGUUGGUUGCCGACAGUCAUAUGCUGCCGACGGUGGCUGUCGGGAGGAAGAUUGGGGACGAGAUAAGGGAAUACUUGAGAACCCAAGGGAGCAACGCCAAGGCGGUGAUUCAGUUUGGAGGCACGGUUUUGGGUGUGAAACCAUCGCCGGUCGUGGCGGCAUUCAGCUCAAGAGGUCCAAACAUGGUGGCGCCGCAGAUAUUGAAACCGGACGUAAUUGGUCCUGGAGUCAACAUCCUCGCUGGAUGGUCAGAGGGUAUUGGCCCCACCGGGUUGGAUUCAGAUACCCGCAAAACCCAAUUCAACAUCAUGUCAGGUACAUCCAUGUCCUGCCCACAUAUUAGUGGCUUAGCUGCACUCUUGAAAGCAGCCCAUCCAACAUGGAGCCCCAGCGCCAUCAAGUCUGCUCUCAUGACCACCGCAUAUACGCUCGACAACAAUAACUCUCCCCUACGAGAUGCGGCCGGAGGUCAACUUUCUACCCCAUGGGCUCAUGGAGCUGGUCAUGUUGACCCACACAAGGCCCUCUCUCCCGGUCUUGUGUAUGACAUCACAACAGAGGAAUACAUUGCAUUUGUUUGCUCCGUAGGAUACGAACUCAAACAAGUGCAAGCCAUUGUCAAUCGUGCAAAUGUGACUUGUACCAAAAGAUUAGGAGACCCGGGCCGAUUGAACUACCCAUCAUUUUCUGUUCUUUUUGGCAAGUCAAGAGUAGUGAGAUACACCCGCCAGCUAACCAAUGUUGGGGCUGCAGGAUCUGUAUAUGUUGUAUCAGCUGAGGCACCACCAGGAGUUCAAAUUAGCGUGAAACCAAAACAGCUCGUUUUUAAGAACGUGGGAGAUAAGAUGAGGUACACAGUUACAUUCGUCUCCGAGAAAGGUGGUAGCGGGGAUGCAUUUGGCUCUAUCACUUGGAAGAACGCCGGAAAUGAAGUUAGGAGCCCUGUUGCUUUUGGGUGGGAACGGCGUAUAUAAGCAAGUUCACCAUCCAUCUGGUGACUUGUUAAUGCUUUGCUUGCACAUAGAAACCUUAAAAUCAUAUGUCGAACCUGUUUCUUGUGCUUUAAGAACUAAUGUAAUAGAAGUAGGUGUUGUUUUCUAAUGCCGAAGGAAUGCGAUGAAGAGUUUUGCUUGAAAAA